CAAAAUUAUAAAUACUACUUCAAGCCGUUGGUGGACGUUUCUCGAACAGAGAUCUGAGUUUCAGUGCAAGAGUUUUUCAAACGCCGAUCACAAUGGUGCAUCUCAAGGUCAGUGUCUUGAUCUUGUUCCUUGCAACCUUGGAGCACAGCCUGAGCUCCCCCGGCCACCACGUCCACCACCGCAUCCACGUCCCCACCAAAAUCAAAACCGUCUACCACACGAAAAUCAUCAAAAUCCCCGAACACCACCACUACUUCCACGAAAAGGAGAAACCGCACUUGGUCAAAGUGCCCGAACACCACCACUACUUCCACGAGAAGGAGAAGGAAAAGCCCUUGGACUUGCACAGCUACCACCCCAAAGACGACGAUCUCGACCUGCAGAACGACUGGGAGAGCGACAACAAAAACUACGAUUUUGAGGAAGGGCACAACAUUUUCAAAAAGCACGCACCGGCGCACCAUUACAAGAAGAGGAGGCCCAAGCACAAACAUUAGUUUUUUGAGUAGGUUUAGGUAGUGGAGUGGCCCAGGCAACCAGUUUUACCGACAGUUGUGCGUGAAAGUCGGCUGUUUUUUUCUUGUUUAUGGCCAGGUCUGCAAGAUGUUGCUGGAAAGUUGCAUAAAAGAGGAAAUGCAGACGAUUUUAUGGUUGGAAAUGGUUCGCUUUCACUGGCGCCUGGACUCGCUCAAACUUGACUGAAGUAGCUUGUAUCGACUUGUUGAGUAAUUCUAAACUUGUUUUUUGUUUUGUUAUUUUGUUUAUUGUUCCAGAAUGUACAAUAAGUAAAUUUUCUAUUUUUCCAUUG